GUUCUGUUCCAGUUCUUUAAAACCACUGGAUCGUCUUAUCUUCAAAACUGUUUUCUGUGGCAAGCGUCGUGUUGCUGGUGUUAUCAGUAGCACGGCGACAGCCACCUGUAAAGAUGCAACAUACGAUGUGGCUGUUCCUCUUUUUGGCAUUAUCUACCCAAACUGGUUGGACUUUCAAGAUCUCGUCCUUUUUAUCGCCUACAACUCCGGCAUCUGACUUUUGCGUGGCUAAGGAGUUCAUUGCAGGUCAAGCCAUCAUGUCAGGGACGCUGAUCGAUGGAAAGCAGACCAUAAGCAAGAGGAUGACCAUGAUGGCUUACUCAGCGAAGCUGAAAAAGGUUCAGUUCCGAGAUCUGCCCUCUGAAAGAAUGCCAUAUGGAAGAAGAGUGCUCUUUGACUACCCAGCUGAAACUUUGUAUACAGUCACUUACCACACCGACAUCAACGCCACCUGCACCAAACGGCGGCUUCUUGAACCAUUCAAAGAAGAGUGCAUGCCAGAAAACUCCACAAUCGUCUUCUCGGACACCCUGUACGGUGCAGGAGCCUUCACCACGGUCGGCUGGGAAAUAACAGGAACGAUGGAUGGAGGGGUGCGCUUUCAUGUGUCCAUGACCAACGAACAUCUGCCCAUGUUUGAGGAGACGUAUGGAGUCUCGAAUGGAAGGCCCUUCUUUCAGAAUGUGUUUUUCUACAACGCGUCUCUGAUUAACUUCCACCCUGACGACUACAUCUUCAGGCCCCCAAAGAAUUGUACUUUCGUCACCUGGUCGUAACACAAUGUGUCCUACGAGGUUAAUAACUGCCCCGAGUUCGCAUCCUGUGAUGCCUACAGAGGGCUGGUGCUGAAAGAUAACUAUAGUGAAGCGCGUGGUUGUGUAAAGUUAGGCGAAGGAGAUAAAAGUUUUGCCUGAA